CGAACAGAGUCCAAAUGCUUCGACCAAAACAAGGCAGAGAAGCCCGCACAGCAAAUGCGUCCCCGCUCCGGACUCCCACCUCCCGCCCAUUGGCCGGCAACCUCUUCUUUUAUUCCAACACCCUCAGAGGAUGCCUCCAAAACUUCCCUCGCCAAUCACUGCUCUCCUUCACCCGCCCACAGAAAAGAAAAAUACAAGAAAGAUAGAGAGAGAAGAUACAAGAGGAGGACCAAAUAUCUUUUUCUCUUUCAAUCUUAAAUCUCUCUCAUUGAGUUUUGAAUCUUCUAUUCUGCAGAAAUAAGCACAAGGUUGGCAACUUUUAAGAACUUCUCAUAUGGAUACAGGCAUAUUGGUGCUAAUUGGGUCCCUCGUUGGAGUUUCAGUCAUAAUACUCAUCAUAUUAUGGCAUGUGUUGAAAAGAAUAUAUAUAUUGAAUUCCUCUCAAGCAGAUGAUUGUACUAUUACAUUUUCUGCUUCCAAAGAGUUGGUAUUUGAGGAGCCUCUUUGUAAGAAAAUUCCACUUAAAGAGAUCUAUGCUGCCACAAAUAGUUUGAAUGAUCUAAACUUUAUUGGCCAGGGCAUUGCUGGAAAAGUGUACAAAGGUGUGCUUUCAAAUGGUUCGAAUGUUGCAGUUAAGCAUAUUAUCAAGGAUGGAUAUGCAGAGACAUUUGUGAGGGAAGUUACUAGCCUAUCACAUGUUAGGCACCCAAACCUUGUGGCUUUGCGAGGUUAUUGUGAAGAAGAAGAUGAAUGUUUUCUUGUAUACGAGCUAUGCUCCAGAGGCAAUCUAUCAGAAUGGCUAUUCGGGAAGGACAAAAUACUUUCAUGGAUUCAGAGACUUAAGAUUGCUAUUGGUAGUGCCCGUGGCCUUUGGUUUCUUCAUACAUAUCCAGGAGGCUGCAUUGUUCAUCGUGAUAUUAAGCCAGCCAACAUUCUUCUUGAUGAAGAUUUUGAAGCCAGACUAUCAGACUUUGGUUUAUCUAAAGUUAUGGACCUAGGUGUUUCAUACAUGAGCUCUGAAGUGCGGGGAACCUUCGGCUAUGUCGAUCCAGAAUACCGACAGAAUCACCGUGUGAAUGCUGCUGGAGAUGUAUACAGCUUCGGAAUAGUACUGCUACAAAUCCUUUCAGGAAAACGAGUUAUCAAUUUGAAUGUGAGAAAGCCAUUGCCACUGGAUAAAAUGGCCAAACUUCUCACCAAGGACGGAAAUAUUUCAGAAUUCGCCGAUCCAAGAUUAAAUGGGGAAUACUCAGCGGAGGCCUUCGAAAUUGUCCGCAAGCUAGCUUUGUCAUGCACCAGCCAUAAACAGAAGCGACCAUCAAUGGAGAACGUUGUCACAAGGUUAGAGAAAGCACUGGAAAUUUCAACUCGAGAUAGUGAGGCCUAUCAUGUCAGUACUACAUGAUCCCAUACACCGUUUAGUCCAGAUGAUAACUCUGAUGUGUGAGAUAAAAUAAAUCAAGCGUCAUAUGACAGUAACAAAUUUUGUAGCACAUUCUACAUUCAUUAAGGUAUAAACGUGAAAUAAGAGAAC